CAACAGAAUAAGCAUGGAGUCGAGAAGAUAGACUCUUUCACCAAGCGCGAUUUCCUUCAAAGUAUCGAUCUGAAUAAAGGAGGACGCCAGAACAAUGGAGCCACAGAUGAAACGCUGGAAAGGGUCAGAGUUUGACACAGACUCCUGGGUUGCUUAUCCUGUACUGUCAGAUGAGCAGUCACAAGAUGUCGAGCUGGUAGAGGCGUUUGCUGCACCCAUUGUCAACAAGAAGGAGACCUCUCGACUGGUCAGGGAGCUGAACGGCCUCUACCCGUUGGAUGGCCUUCAACACAUCAAGCGGGUGCGGGCAUGCAAGGAGAAGGACAGCCCUCAUCCUCUGGAAGUCCUCGUGUGCCUUGUUAGUGACGCACCAGACAGGAAGGCGGUCAGCAUCGACUCCCUGCUGCCCUCAGAUGGAGUUGGACGUGAUGGAUUAGGUGAGCCUUUUGUGGUUAAGGUCCCUGCACGUCCCCCCUUGACCCGACCUCAAUUCGAGCUGGCGAGCAAACAGUGGCCCACUUCCUUCCAUGAGGACAAACAGGUGACGGUCGCGCUGAGAGGAGAGCUCUUCAGUCCACCUCAGAAAGCUGCAAUGCACAUGUACAUGAUGUCUGCAAUCGCUGCUGCCAGAGCUGGGAAGGAGAUGGGGAUGGAGGCAGUUGGGGCUGUAGUGGUCAACCCAGCUACGCAGACGAUCAUUGCAGUGGGCCACGACUGCCGAGGCGACCAUCCCCUUCAUCACGCAGUCACGGUCUGCGUCGACCUUGUGGCUCGGAGCCAGGGCGGCGGAUGUUAUUCCUUUGACAGAUACCCUGCUUGCCGAUUCACUUCGCCAACCUCAGAUACUUUUCAAAACGUGCCUGACGCAGAGGGGAGCUCUCAGCCGUACAUAUGCACUGGCUAUGACCUUUAUGUGACCCGAGAGCCUUGUGUUAUGUGUGCCAUGGCACUGGUCCACUCUCGGAUUGGCCGUGUGUUCUAUGGGACCGCCUCUGCUGACGGGGCAUUAGGGACAAAGUUCAAAAUCCACUCACAGAAAGAUUUGAACCAUCGCUUUGAGGUUUACAAAGGAGUCUUGAGCAAGCAGUGUGAGGGUCUUAACAAGCUGGACAACCACAUCUUAUAGUCAAAACCACUGUUUUAUGAAAGCAGUUAUUUUAAAUAAAGUUUUUAUUCAUAUGGUGACUGU